AUGAGUCUUUGUAAUUAUUUGGGACAAUCUGUCCAACCAUAUUUUCCAUCUCAAAUUGUAUUUUCACCUGAUGAUGGCACAACAACAAUUGCAAUUGAUGAAAUAAAUCAACGAGCUUAUUUAACAUUUCCUGUGAAUUCUAUGAUGAAAGUCAGUGCUUAUGUUUGGCAGCACUUUCCAUAUGCAGUUCCUGAUUCUCCACAAUCAAAACAUUAUGUUUACUUAGCUACAACUUCUCUAAUAAAUUUUUGUUCAUAUGAAACAUAUUGGAAAUAUGGUGCAUAUAGACUCAAUCAAUUUCCAUUACAUUGGGGUAAUAAUAGUUUAUAUAAAAUACGAAAUGAUGUAAAUUUUAAUUAUGAAAUGAUACAUUCAAAUAAUUCUUCUAAAGAUGAAGACUAUUGGUAUUCAAAUGAAACAUGUUCAACAAAUACUAGAGAUAAAUAUCCAUGUCAAGAAAUUUAUUUUAAGAAAAAUACUGAUAUUCCGCUUCGAUUAGCUGAAGUUCGUCGUACACCAUUCUCGUCUAAUCGUGUAAUAACAAAUUUUACAAUUAUAUCAAUAGGAAAACCAGAUGACAAAUAUUUUGAUUCAAUAUCACCAGAUUGGUAUGUCAAUUGUAGAGAUGCUGAUCUCGGUGUUUUAUAUAAUCUAACAUUAAUAAGACUAAAUGUAGGAGAAAGUGCAAAAGUUCAAGUUUGGCUUUCGGCUCCACCACAUGAAAUUAAUGGAAAUGAUACUGUUAAUAUUCAAUGGAGAACAUCUCAAUGCACUAAUUGUUUUACAUGGACACCAAAACAACUUUCUUUUAACAGCAAAAAUUUUCAAGAAAGACAAACAUUAACAAUUACACGUCUUCAUAUGUCAGAACAAUCCAUUUUUAUUCCAAUUUUGGAAGGUGGAGGUUUUGCGUUUAUUGAAGCUGCGACUUAUUCCUUAUCUAUUCGAUGA